UCAUUAUUCUCCGGUUGUACGUGUAAUUUUUUUGUUUUUAAUUUGUUUUCUUUAAUAUCCAACAAAUAAAAAGUUAAUGUUAAUUAAGUUAGAAAUAACGAAAUAGUACAACUAAGAUGUAUACCCUACUGCAUGGUUUCUACAAAUACUUAACACAAAAGGAUGAAUAUUGUGUUGUGAUUCUCGGUCUAGACAAUGCGGGAAAAACGACAUAUUUAGAGGCAGCAAAAACUAAAUUUACAAAAAACUACAAAGGCAUGAAUCCGGCUAAGAUUACUACCACUGUAGGUCUCAAUAUUGGCACAAUUGAUGUACAAGGUGUUCGUUUAAAUUUUUGGGACUUGGGUGGCCAACAUGAAUUGCAAUCUCUUUGGGAUAAAUAUUAUCAGGAAUCACACGCUGUGAUCUAUGUGAUUGACUCUAAUGACCGAGAACGAAUGGAUGAAUCUAAAAUAAUAUUUGACAAAAUGAUUAAAAACGAUCUUUUAUCUGGCGUUCCACUACUAAUCUUGGCUAAUAAACAAGAUUUGCCUGAUGUUAUGGGCGUUAGAGAUAUUAAACCAGUGUUUCAACAAGCCGGUGGCUUUAUUGGUCGAAGAGAUUGUCUGACGAUACCAGUGUCGGCGCUAACAGGUGAGGGGAUUGACGAAGGCAUAAAAUGGUUGGUGGAUGCUAUAAAACGACACUCUAUCGUGCGACCACCUCGUGUAAAUGACUGAUAGAGAACAUAUUGUUAGAGAAUACAGUGAUUUUAUUCCAGAUUUUAUUUUUACCACAUAAAGCACUUUCAUUUGAUUUGUAAAUAUACAAGAAAGAAAUAUUUAUAUAAAUUAUUUAUAACAUACAUAAUGAAUGUAUAAGGCUCUCAUUUACAAGAUGUUAAUGAUAUAUGAUAAAAAUAUAUACACGUAUAUGAAAAGAGAAAUCCGUACUAAAGCAAUUAAAACAAACUGCUUCAAGGUGUGGAAACCAUUCCUAAA